UCCAAUUCUAUACUCUCUCUAUUUCAUCAUCAUGAAGAAUCUGAAAGUGAAGAUGUUUAUGUUUGUGAUGAGUGUGGUGUUGCAGGUUGCUUAUGGACAACACCAUAUCCGAUGCCUUCCAAAGGAGAGGGAUGCACUCCUUCAAUUCAAGGCUGCCAUCGUCGAUGACUACGGCAUGCUUUCUUCUUGGAUCACUCCCGACUGUUGCCAAUGGGAGGGGAUUCGCUGCAGUAACCUCACCGCUCAUAUUAUAAGCCUCCACCUUCCUGGACAAUAUAAUGAACCUCUUUCUCUUGGUGGUUAUUAUGAAGUCGCUCAGCGUUACAUCAGCGGAGAGAUCCACAAGUCGUUAAUGGAGUUCCGACACUUACAGUAUUUGAACCUCAGUUUCAAUGAUUUUGGAGACACUAAUAUUCCAGAGUUUCUUGGCUCUCUUACCAACUUGAGAUAUCUUGAUCUCUCUUCAUCUUAUCUUAGCGGACAAAUUCCAACUCAGAUAAGUUCUCUUUCUCAUUUGAAAUAUUUGAAUCUUGCUGAUAAUAAUUAUCUGAAUGGUUCAAUACCUCGUGAACUUGGAAAUCUCUAUCGGUUGGAGUAUCUUGAUCUAAGCUACAAUUCUUUUGAGGGAAGUGUGCCAUCUCAGAUCGGAAAUCACUCUCGGCUGCGGUAUCUUGAUCUCAGCUACAAUUCUUUUGAAGGAUACAUUCCUUUCCAACUAGGAAACCUUUCAAAUUUGAAUAAACUCUAUCUUGGAGGAGAUGAUAGUGCUCUCAAAAUUGUCAGUAGUGAUCAAUGGUUAUCUAAUCUUAAUUCUUUAACCCAUCUUUCCUUCAUUUCCAUAUCUAAUUUUAACACUUCUCCUAGCUGGCUUCGAACCAUUGCCAAGCUACCAAUACUAAGAGAACUGAGUUUAAUUGAAUGUGGCCUUUCCGAUCAUUUUCUCCUUUCAUUCAACCCUUCCAACUUCAAUUUUUCUACUUCCCUUUCUGUCCUUAGACUUUCUGAAAACUCCUUCACCAAACCGAUGAUAUUUCAGUGGCUGUCAAACACCACUUCCAAUCUUGUUGAGCUUGACCUUAGCUCGAACCUCUUGGAGUGUACAAAGUCAUAUUACUUUGGCUUGACCAUGAAUUUGCUUGAGCGCCUUGACCUCUCCGAUAAUGGGUUCAAGGGUGAGGAUUUGAAAUCAUUAAUGAAUAUAUGCACCCUACGUUCAUUAUACAUAUCUGAAAACAAUAUGAUCGAAAACCUUUCGUCAAUUCUUCAUAAUUUCUCCAGUGGUUGUGUUAGAUACUCACUACAAGAGUUGAGUUUGGCAUACAAUCAAAUCAGAGGCUCCGUACCUGACUUUUCAGCAUUUUCAAAUUUAAAAAAGUUGGAUCUUUUUGACAAUCAAUUGAGUGGGAAGAUACCUGAAGGCACUGGAUUGCCAUCUCAUUUGGAGCAGUUGUCAAUUGGAUCUAACUCUUUAGAAGGUGGUGUUCCAAAAUCAUUUGGGAGCAUAUGUACUUUGGAGUUAUUGGAUUUGUCUAAUAAUAAGUUGAGUGAAGAUCUCACAGUGAUAUUUAAUCAUUUGUCUGGAUGUUCUAGAUACUCAUUGCGAGAACUAAAUCUCGGUCAAAAUAAAAUCAAUGGCACAUUACCUGAUUUCUCAAUAUUUGCAAAGUUGGAAACGUUGGAUCUCAGUAUCAAUCAAAUUAGCGGUACUUUGCCUAACACCCUCAAAUUGUUGCCAUCAUUAAAAAAAUUGUACCUUGAUAAUAACAAGCUAAAUGGGACAAUUUCUGAAGAUCUUCGAUUUCCAACACAACUUGAGGAAUUAUCCUUGAAGUCAAACUCUUUGAAAGGUGUGUUAACUGACUCUCAUUUUUAUAAUAUGACAAAGUUAAGGAUAUUGACGUUGUCAGAUAACUCAUUGACGUUAGAAGUUAGUCAAAAUUGGGCUUCAACUUUUCAAUUAAAUACUAUUGAAUUGAGGUCUUGCAAGCUUGGUUCAUUAUUUCCCAAAUGGCUCGAGAAACAAAAUGUAUUUGGAUCCCUUGACAUUUCAAAUACUGGAAUAUCAGGUACGGUUCCAGAAUGGUUUUGGACCAAAUUUUGGAUGAGUAUUGAUAUUUCAUCUAAUAAUUUACAAGGUGACUAUUCAUAUGAUUUGAAUGCAAUCUUGAUGUGGAAAGGUUCAGAACAAAUGUUCACAGACAUGGGAUUAUCACUUUUAAAAAGCAUUGAUCUCUCAAGCAAUCAAUUAUCAGGAGAAAUUCCAAAAGAAAUAGAGGGUUUAUUUGGACUGGUGUCAUUGAAUUUAUCAAGAAACCAAUUGACAGGAAAAAUUCCUUCAAAUGUUGGAAAGUUAACAUCACUUGAAUUUCUUGAUUUGUCACAAAACCAACUUGUUGGUUCUAUUCCUUCAAGUCUUGCUCAAAUUGAUCGACUCACUCUGUUAGAUUUGUCACAUAAUAAUUUAUCUGGAAAAAUUCCAACUGGCACACAAUUACAGAGUUUCGAUGCAUCGAAAUAUGAAGAUAAUGUUGAUCUCUGUGGACCACCAUUAAAGGAAUUGUGCAUUGAUGGAGUAGCAAGACAAGGACCAAUUAUUAAAUUUCAAGAGGAUGACAAUUUGAUUUUCAAUCGUGAAUAUUAUAUAAGUAUGACAAUUGGAUUUGCUAUAAGCUUUUGGGGAGUGUUUGGCUCAAUCUUAAUAGUACAUUCUUGGCGUCAUGCAUAUUUCAAGUUCUUAAAUAAUUUAGGAGACACUAUUUAUGUCAUGACAACAGUGAAAGUUUUCAAAAUCUGCUACAAAACAUAGCUACAGAGGAAAUGGAAUUUGAAGAUUAGAAUGAUUGUGAGGGUACCUGGAUAUCGAUAACUGAGGAAGAUUUCUAAACAUUUAUUUUCUUUAAAUGUUUCUUUCUUCUGCAUUUUUAUUUUGUAAUGCAUCUUCAAAACGUUGGAAAUGACAAAAUUAUUGAUUUUUGAGUCA